AUGCCAGGGCCUAAGAAAAAUCAAUCCAUAACGUUCGAAGAUUUCAUUGAAAUCAAGUCUGAACUUCAAAAACUAAACAAAACUCUGACAUCACAACUGAAUGAAAUAAAAUCUGGUCAAGAUGAGCUUCGAAAAUCUGCUGAGUUCUUUAGCGAUAAAGUGGAUGAGCUCACCUGCGAGGUGAAAAGACUGAGUAGUGAGAAUGCUUCCAUGAAGAGAGAAAAUGAGCAACUGAAAGCAAAGAUGAUGACACUUGAACACCAGGUGAAUGAAUUGGAUCAAUAUCAUAGAAGGAUCAACUUAGAAGUGGCAGGUGUUCCUGAGAAGGAAGGUGAGAAUGUGAGAGAGGCUGUCCUUCACGUCAUGAAGAAAAUUUCACCAGAGGUAUCCAACGACGACAUUGAUGUGACACAUCGACUUGGUCAGAGGAGAGAAGAUGGUCCAGCCAGACCAAUCAUCGUUCGAUUCACAACCAGGAGGAUGAGGGAUACUCUAUACUCAGGCCGUAAAAAACUGAGGGAAACAUCAACCCGUCAACUGGGAUUCUCAAGAGAUGAAGGAAAGGUGUUCCUCAACGAAAAUCUAGCCCCAGCUAAGAAGUCUCUCCUAAAGAAAGCGAAUGACGAGAGGAAGAAGGCGGGAUACAAGUUCUUAUGGACAACGAAUGGCACCAUUCUGGUGAGGAAGAGCCCGAAUGUUCCACCGGUUGCUAUUCAUCGAGAAGAGGAUCUGAACAAAAUUAAGUAA